AUGGCUCGAAAAUGGCAGAAAGUGGCAUCCAAAAAUCGCAACGAAAGAAUGGCAAACAAGGGCCACUUUGUGGUCUACACAACCGACAAGAAUCGUUUUGUGAUCCCAUUGCGGUAUCUAAACAUAAAUGUAUUUAGAGAGCUAUUGAGGAUGUCUGAAGACGAGUUUGGUCUUCCAACAGACGGUCCUAUUACUCUAGUUUGUGACUCUACGCUCAUGAAUUACUUGAUCAACGUGUUUGAGCGAGGGCUGUCUAGAGAGUUAGAGAAGGCUUUGUUAGUCUCGAUUUCUGGUAAUCGUUGUUCGUUAGAUCAAAGGGGUGGAAGUGGUAGACGGUGCUUAGUUUACGGAUAUUAG